GGGGAGAGUCGCAUUGUGGAGGUGUUGUAGAUGGCACACACUGGUAUACGAGACGGGUAUAUAUUAUAAGUACACAUACAUAUACAUAUGUAUUAUACAUCACAGGUAUUGUACCAUUGUUGUUGAGGAAAAAUUGGUGGAUAGUUGACGUGAUUCUCAAUCGAUCGGUCAACAGAGGUGUGAUACGCUUUAUACAAUCUGGAUAUUAAAGCGAUAUCCCAAUCAUAACAUAUAUAUCAAACAAACCUAUUCAAAACGUAUUAUAUUGUACAACUGUACGCUUGACACAAUGAGCAGGAGCGAAAAUACUGACUCGUCUGUGGACAUAGAAGCCCUUGAAACACAGCCUCUCUUAAGUGCACGCCGUGAUAGCCAUGGACACUCGCACUCAAUUGCUAGUGAAAUUGAUUUGCACAAAAUACAUGGCGAUGACCGUAUAGGAAAGAAAUCUGUUGCAGCUGAACGAUCACGUGCCCAUGCGGCGAGGAAGAUAUACAUCGCGACCGCUGUGUGCUUCUGCUUUAUGGUGGGAGAAGUAGUAGGUGGUUAUUUUUCCGGCUCUCUUGCGAUCAUGACGGAUGCCGCGCAUCUUCUGAGUGACAUUGCAGGAUUCUUUAUUUCACUCGUUGCCUUACAUUUGGCGGGCAAACCAGCGUCGCACAAAAUGAGUUUUGGCUAUAAUCGGGCUGAAAUCGUAGGUGCCCUUCUGUCUGUGUUGCUUAUUUGGCUGCUCACGGGUGUGCUGCUAUUUGAGGCCGUUUCGCGAUUGUUUAACCCGAUACCGCUAGAUGGGAAAACCAUGUUUAUCACUGCAUGUGCGGGUGUGUUCUGCAAUAUUGUCAUGGCGACAACGCUGUCGCACUCUCACUCGCACGGCCUUGGCGGAGGGGAUCACGGGCAUUCGCACGGAGACGCGCCCGAGAAAGGUCAUGGGCAUGCUCACGGCACAUCGGCACAGGAGGAAGUGGAAGAAAACAUCAACGUGAAAGCAGCAUAUAUACAUGUCCUAGGUGACCUAGUGCAGAGCAUUGGUGUGGUGAUUGCCGCGGCUCUGGUGUGGCACAACCCCGAGCUCGUGUGGGUGGAUCCUAUAUGCACGUUUUUAUUCAGUAUCCUGGUCUUGGCAACUACAUUCAACCUUAUGAGAGAUGCCUUGCACGUGCUGAUGGAGGGAGUGCCGAAGGGAAUUGAUGUGAACGCGCUCAAAGAGGAGUUGGAGAGCCUUCCGGGCGUUGUCAUCUCACAUGACCUGCAUGUGUGGUCGAUUACUAUCGGACAACCGGCUUUGGCCGUACACUUGUGCCUGGAGCCGGAAGUAUGCACAGCCACAGUGCUCCUAGAAGCACAGCAUGUCAUCUGCGAUAACUUUGGUAUACAUCAUAGCACGGUACAGUUAGAACAGAGUAAUUUCGACAAUCAUUGCGUAGGUAUGGAUGACUGUAAUUCCAUUUGUGUGGGACCCCGGGGGAGUAUAAUGAGAGGCGAUAUGCGGAAGGGAAUCGAUAGCACGACGGAUCUCAACAAGGCCAAAAUUAAGAGAGGCUCUAAGUCUAAAGCGAAGACUAAUGCAUCGCAGUCUGGAGAUUCGCCCCCGGCUACAAAAAAAUAAUUUAGAGCUCAAUAUAAACCAAUUUUAGAAGAGAUAUCCAUGGAGGUUUGCAAAGUCAAAUUAAACAUAGGAAGCGUUCUUUCUCUGAUUCGGUUAUUGAUCAAUUCUCAUUCUUCGACCCGCAAGCUGUUUGUCGGUGACAGUAAGGAAAACCAGGCAAAAAUUGAGUGGUGAUAAAUCAUGUCGCGACAUGGAGACUGAAAGCGUUAUUUCCGUAUUGGUUGAUUUUGGUAGUUAAGAAAAUCGACACCGUCAACUUGCUCUUGGGAAUUGAAUAUGAAGAUUAUAAAUGGAUAUGACAAAAUUGCAA